GUAAUGAUUCAAUAACAAAGGUAUUCGAGCGGAAAUAUAAACACGCUGAAGGGGGACAUAAACUUCUUAUGAACCAUGACGAAUCGUAAUCAUCCAGUAUAGGUGAGAUAUUUGCUUUCAAAAUCGCGCUUGGUCAGCUCAAUACAGACUCCCGUUGUUUGAGACUUCAGUUGACAUGACAAGUGUUAUGGUUCCCACGGACGGACUUGAAAUGUCGGAGAAAAAUUGUCAUACGGGAAAUGAUGUUCUCAAAGGUGACCGCGUAAAGCUUGAAGUGGAUGAUGCCGAACUAGGAUCUCGCAAGACAUCUGCUCGAUGGAAACUUCAACACAAACGACAAGUAUUAAAUCAGAAGAUAUUUAAGCAGACAAAAUUACGGGAUGGUGCCGAAAAUUUAAUGAAAGCUCUCAGGAUAACAAAUGAUCGCAAAACAAAGCUAGCUGCAAAAACAGAGUUGAGUUUUGCUAAUUCCCAAUUGGACUUGCUAAAGGAAGAACUGGAAGGAAUCAACAGCACCUUGGAUGUGUAUCAGUUUGACAGAUCUGUAGAGCACCAGAUCCCUUUGAUCGCUGUUGGUCUCAGAGAAACAAAAGAACUUGAUUUUAAAUCUCAGUUUAAGGAUUUCAUUUUGGAACACUACAGUGAAACUCCAGAAAACUAUGAGGAAGAGCUUGAACUAUUUGAGAAUCUAAGAAAGGAAGCUGUGAGCAAAGCCAACAGAGAUGAGAAUGGUAUCUAUUCUUUGUUCAAGUACUACAACCAGCUCUACUUUGUGGAAAAGAAAUUCUUUCCCCAUGGGAAACACCACACAUUGUCAGUUUAUUUUCACUGGUUUGAUACCACAACUGGUUUACCAAAAAUUCAAAGAUCUGUUGCAUUUGAAAAGGCUAGUGUGCUCUUCAACAUUGCUGCCAUCUGGAGUCAAAUUGGUGCAAAGCAAGACAGAAGAACUGAGGCUGGACUCAAAGAAGCAAUUGAUGCUUUUCAGAAAGCUGCAGGUGUGUUUAAAUUUAUCAAAGACAACUUUAUCAAUUCGCCUAGUGCUGACCUAACACCAGAGGUAAUGGAGAUGCUGAUGGCUAUCAUGCUGGCUCAAGCACAAGUGUGUAUAUGGGAAGAACUAAUUCUUGGAGGAAUAAAAGAUAAUUUGUCAGACAAGAUAGUUGCUGCUCAGGAAUGUUCCCAGGUUAGUCUGAGUUAUAAAAAGGCUCAGAUGAUGAUGAAUUCUGGAAUCUGCUUGAGUUGUGUUCCAAUUUCCUGGAGAAACAUGAUGUCUAUAAUGUGUCUUCACUAUGAAGCUCUGUCACAUUACUAUGUUGCUGAGGGAAUACUUAAAAGUGUGGAGAAUCAGAGUGAAGAUAAGAAGGAUGAAGCUAUUCUUUCAUCAUUAGGCACCUCUCAGACUAACAGCAAUGAAACCAAGAAAAAGCAUGCCAAAGCUCAUCUCCAUUCUGCACUUAAGUCACAUGAGGAAGCCAUGAAAACAAGGCAGAUCUGUCGCCACUGUAGAAAAAUCACAGGUCUACAAAAGGCUCUUCAAGAUGCACGGAUCAUGACCACAGAAACAUUAGUGGCUAUGGAAGAAGAAGAUGACUUUGAUGACCCCUUAACAUCAACCCCUGUGAAAGCUAUAACAAAUUAUAAAGCAGCAUGUGUUGCUCCCAAUUUUAGCCAAGCAUCUGUAGAAGACUUGUUUCAUAGACUGGGUCCUGUGCAUGUAUUCAAUGCUAAUUUAGAGUGGAGUGCACCAAAAAGUGUUGAACUAAAGAAAACGGACAAAGGAUAUGGCUUCAGCGUGAUAGGCUCUGCCCCAGUUAUUAUUCAAAGUGUAGAGGGGCAAGGACCUGCAAAGGAUGCUGGAAUUCAAGUAGGAGACAUAAUCACAGCUGUAAAUCAGACUGACUGCAAAUGGGGUGAUCAUUCUUCUGUUGUGUCCUUAAUUCGUAAUACAGAGACUUGUGUCAUGCUCGAGACUGUAACACCCUCCUCUCUGCAGCACAUAGCUUCAUUGUACAAUGUUAAGCUAGCAAGGGAUGAUCAAGUGGUAACCAGUGACUAUAGUGGCUCUAUAGGUAGUCACAGUUCAGGAUCAUCCAGAAACAGUACGCUCAAUGGGUUAAGCUCCCAAGCAAGUAGUAGCUCAUCUGGAUCAACAAAAUCUGGUACUCCUGUUCGACAGAGUGUGCUGCUGAACAUGGGCAAUGAGUCAAUUUUGUGGUAACCAACUGAAAUAAAUCCACUUGGAAUCAGAAUAUUGGCAAUGUUGUGGCACAUGCCCUUUGCUUCAGCUCAGAAAAUGCAAACAUCUGAGCCUAAUUUCAUUCAUUCUAGAGCAAGUGCUUUUCAAUUGAAUGAUGUAAGACCAAAACCAUAGCCAAAAUCAGUGAUCUUAGCAGCCAAUCAGAACUAAGAAACAUCACGAGGCCACUGAGAAUUCAAAGGAAAAAAGAGCACACUCUUGGUAAUUCAAAAUUCCAAGUCACCACUUGUUGUGGGUUGUUUUUCAUCUGAUUGGUUGAGGGUGGCAUGUUUUCUAGACUAAUCACAUAAGGUAGUAGAAUAAAAUCAAUUUGAUCCUGGAUUGCCUUCAUCAUUCAUUUGAAAUUUACUCUGAUAUGAAUGGUCAUGGCAUUUAGCUAAUGUUGAGCAACAAUUGUGAUUGUGUUUCUAAACUUUUCCUGAAUGUGCAUCUAGUGGGCACUGGGAAGCAGGUCAGUGGUGAAGUGCUGCAAGCACUGAACUCCUGCCUCUGGGGUCAGGUGUGAGUACUGGAAUUGUCGUUAUCAAAGAGCUAACCAUGUACUUGUUCCUGGCCCUUGCUCAGGGAGUUUUUCUUUGAGGGAGCUCACCAAUUUUUCCUAUCCAUGAAACCCACUACUUGAAAUCCAAUUUGAUCAGAAAUGGGGAGCAAAGAGCCACAGAGAAUAGAUGCUGCUAUUUAAUCUGGUUAUUUUAUUAUAAUUAUAUUAUUUAUUUAUCUUGUUAGCUUGGGAUAUCAAAACAAUUCAACCAACUAUUGAUGGAAAUUAGCUGGAUAUUUGCUUGUUGAAGGCCAGGUUUGGUCUCUGAGAACACUUGUAGACUACAUGUAGUGUGUUUUUUAUUGUGGGGUGAAGGUUUAGGAUGACUAGAUAUAAUAUAUGAGGAUCGACACAAGGUUUGGACAUGACAGCAUGUGAUACUCCUUUUGGUCCAUACCAUGCUUUUGUUCUCCUUCCUGGGAUUGGAGCUCGAAGUCUUUGUUGGAGCACAUAUUUCUUACCUUUAAUUUAUGUCAGCAAACAUUGUAGCUUCUUGUUUUAAGUCCUGCUUUGGUAUAAAUAUUAAUGUUAUCAGCAGAUGGACAAACACUAAGUAAUACAGAAACAAUCUGUUCAGGAAGGAAGGCUCUACUCAAGAACUCUUUGUUUGCAUAUUUUUUUGUUUGAUUUUGUAUUUGCUUUGCUAUAAUUAUAAUUAUUUUCGAUUAAUCAAUUUUUUUA